CUAAACGUUUCCUUACACAGUGAACACAACGCUUCAAAUAAUCACACACGACAUCAUACGUUCAUAGAGUUUGUGUUUGUUUUGAAUAUUUUUAACACAUUUAUCAACACAAAAAGCGUUUUAAGGGUAUUUAGACGAAAUGGCGAGAGGAGAGGGGGCUGAACAGUAUUCUAAUGCCAGUCUGCUGACGAAUAACAAGUCUGAUGAAGAGACGGAUUCUAAGUCGGAACAGAAAGGACGCUUAUCUUUCUGCAAUAAAUUGUGUUAUGCCAUUGGAGGAGCACCCUAUCAGAUCACAGGAUGUGCACUGGGCUUCUUUCUCCAGAUAUACCUCCUUGAUGUUGCUCUGUUGGAUCCAUUCUAUGCCUCUAUUAUCCUGUUUGUGGGACGAGCUUGGGAUGCCAUCACUGACCCAACUGUGGGCUUCCUGAUCAGCCGGAGCCCUUGGACCAGAUUUGGAAGAAUGCUACCCUGGAUUGCUCUAUCUACACCAUUUGCCAUCGUGUCCUACUUUCUCAUCUGGUAUGUGCCCCCAUUUGAGCAGGGCAAAAUAAUCUGGUACCUCAUAUGCUACUGUCUCUUCCAGACACUACAGACAUGUUUCCAUGUGCCAUACUCUGCCCUCACUAUGUUUAUUAGCACGGAACAGAAGGAAAGGGAUUCUGCCACAGCCUACCGAAUGACUGUGGAAGUCUUGGGUACAGUAAUUGGCACCGGCAUUCAAGGCCAGAUUGUGGGAAUGGCCAAUGCACCCUGUAUUCCAAUUGAAAGUGAAAUAAACUCUUCUACUUUCGGAGCUGAGGUCAACAUUAGCCAGCCACACGUUUCCCUUGAACACACAAGAAAAGCUUAUAUGAUCGCCUCAGGAGUUAUUUGUAUCAUCUAUGUCCUGUGUGCCAUCAUACUCUUCUUUGGGGUGAGGGAACGCAAAGAAACCACCAAGUCCAGAGCCGAGCCCAUAUCCUUCUUCAAGGGGAUUCGUCUGGUUAUGGGCCACGGUCCAUAUGCCAAGCUGGUGAUGGGCUUCCUUUUUACCUCUCUGGCCUUUAUGCUCCUGGAGGGAAACUUUGCUCUUUUCUGUUCCUACACACUGGGCUUCAGAGAUGAUUUUCAGAAUGUUCUGCUGGUAGUCAUGCUCUCUGCCACCCUCACCAUCCCAUUUUGGCAGUGGUUCCUUACUCGAUUUGGCAAGAAGACAGCUGUGUAUGUUGGGACUACAUCUGUGAUUCCAUUUAUGAUCCUGAUGGUCCUGCUCAAGCCUAAUCUUAUCUUGACGUACGGUAUCGCCUUUACUGCUGGUGUCAGCAUUGCUGCAGCCUUCCUUCUGCCCUGGUCCAUGCUUCCUGAUGUUGUUGACGACUUCAAAGUUCAGAAUCCUGGCUCUCAGGGACACGAAGCCAUCUUCUACUCCUUUUAUGUUUUCUUCACAAAGUUUGCGUCUGGAGUCUCAUUGGGAAUCUCCACCCUCAGUCUGGACUUUGCAGGUUAUGUGACAAGAGGUUGCUCACAACCAGAGGCAGUGGACAUUACACUGAAGGUUCUGGUCUCAGCUGCUCCUAUUGUACUUAUCAUCAUAGGACUGUUUAUUUUCAUUUCCUACCCAAUCGACGAGCAGAGACGGCAGGGCAACCGCAAACUGCUCACUGAGCAACGGGAGAUGGAAGCAGAAGCAAUCUCAACAGAAACAGAGCUGGGUGAUGUCCUGUGACGCAAAUCACAUGACUUUACAGAGGACAUUCAGAUGUUUGAACAGCAAAAGAAGGGACUCUCAAAGGCGAGAUGAAUUUCAUACAGAGGCACUAAUCCAAUAACACUUACCCAGAGUUUCCACCUGUUUGUCUGUCUGUCUGUCCACUUCUACUCUCUUAACAGUGGAGUGGAGGAUCUUAGAGAUCCAUGUCCUGCUGAGCCACUUUCAAGCUCCUGAAGAGUCCAUUGUCCCUAAAUGCACACAAAGCUUGAAACGUGAUGCAAAUGCCUCUGUGGUUCGUGCCGCCGACUUUGAAGCUGCUAACCCGAACAUGACUGAGAAAUGUCUUGAUGUACCAUUUAAAAAAAAAAAAAAAAAAAAAAAGCACAAAGCCUUCACACUACACCAACACAUUCUCCACCUGAAUGAGAAUGGGUGACACUUUGAAUUUAACAGCUGUUCUUGCAAUGUUACAUUCAAGCAUAUUGUAUUAUAUUCAGGGUACCUUUUUAGUUUUAAUUUGAAACAACUGUAAUAUUUUGCAUUAUUUUGUACUUCACUUUUGUAGUGCUGCCAAAUUUAAACAGUUUACAAUACUGCGCUGUAGUGUCUGUGCCUAUGUGCGGCUAGAUCUGUGCGUGCCAUCAUGCCUUCUCUCCACUGCCAGUCUAUAGAACACAACUUGAUAAUGGUGUGAUACUCAAUGUACUGUAUCACUCUGAGUUGGGUGCCAAAAUCAUAUUUGAUCUCAGUGGUCAUGAGGGCUUAGCGAUUGUUGGAUUUUUUAUUAAACAGAAAUUCAAACAUCAGCCUAUUUGAAGACAAAGCACAAACUGCUGCCAGGUGAACGUAUUUGCACAGUUGAAGUUUUUCUUUUCUUUGACUUGCCAAGAUGUUAAAGUAUAUUUGACAGUGUUGGCUGUGCAUAGCCAGCUGACACCAACAUGAGUAAUAUGAAGUUAUUUAAACAUUUUUAUUGUAUUUUUUGUUGUUCCUGAUAAAUAUUGCCCCAUGCCUCUUAAGGGAAAUAGUAGGAAAAGAAUAUGAGCAAAAACAAAUGUGAUGUGUCAAAUGUCUAUUGGUCCAUGUCUGUUUUGUAAAAGUAUUGUUCUUUAUCAAUAUACAAAGCAGUUACCUGUAAUAAACAGUGCUAAUAUUGUUGAGGGAAGCACUAGUAUAGCAUGCAAAAUUGUUUGCAAGACAUGACUAAUGAACAAAUGCAUCUUCUGUGUGUUUAAUGUCUGCCUUAUCUUACAGAGAUUUUUGCAGAAAUGUAUUUCCUAAGAUUACUUGUAAAUAUACGUUUAAGUAUGUUGUGACAUGUCAAAUAUAAUUCCAUAUUUUUUAAUGUGUUUUUGUUUCUACAGUCAGUGGAAAGGUACGGAUUGUUUCACUGCUACACUGGUGUUUAAACUCAUGAAACUGUUGUACAUAUGUAUGUAUAUUUCUGUAUAUAAUGUACAGUGUUUGAAUUCUUUUAGGUGUUUAUGAUUGGGAAACACAUUUGUGUAGUUAUUUAAAAUAAGUUGAGAAUGGAAAGGAAAAUGAUUAAAAUAUUAAUACAU